AUGGCGUCACGAGGAGCCCGUGGUAGUGGUCGCAGUGGUAGUCACAUCGGUGGUCGUGAUGUUGGAGAUAGAAAUGCAUCUCAAUCACACAAUAAUGCAGAAAGUCAACCUUCUUCUUCAGUUAGAGGAUCAAACAUCUUGGAACAAGUUCAAAUUUCAGUGAUCAGAGACAUCAUAUGUAUACUAAAGACGAUGUUUGACGGCCCAUGGACCUCAUGGAAGAAGGUUGACAAAGAACAUCGUGAUGCAAUGUGGGAACACUUCAAGGGUUUGUAUGUCUGGCCCGAAGAGACUGAUGUUCUUGCUCGCAAGGUAUGGGAAGAUUGUAUGAAGAAACGAUUUCCUGACACAACGCGAAGAACACGUGAAGAAUCUUUUAAACUUGCCCAAGCUGCAAAUGAGGCUUAUGAAAGUGCUAUGGUGGCUAAGUUUGGUUAUGAUACUAGUUUCCACCCCCUCUUGGAUAAUGAAACAUGGUGUGAUGUUUCCGGAGGAGUCAAUAAAGGAAGAAUAUAUGGAUUCAGAUAUGUGUCUGAUCCAACGAGCUUUUUGGAAGGAACAUCUAGUUUUCUUGAACGUGUACGAAACGAGAUGCGUGGGGAAAUGGAUGCUAAAGGUGCAGAUAUGGAAGCUGAACAUCAACAAAUGCGAGAGGAAAUGGAUGCCAAAGUUGCAGCGAUAGAUGCCAAACAACAACAAAUUGAUGCAAAAUAUGAAGCAAUGGAGAAGAUGUAUGCAGCCAUGCAAAAUAUGAUGGGAAAUUGAAAAUUAAAGGAAUGAGAACCGAAGAUGAUUGGAUGAACAUGAAAUGAAGAGAGCGGCUAAAAUGUUAUUUUGAAGUUAUGUUUUGUGAAAACUCAUUUCCCGAUGCAUACUUUGGAUUUCUUGGUGUUAAAAUGUUCUCAACCGUUGGGAGUUCGAUGUUAUGUGGACAGUUUUGUUUUUGGAUGUUAUUUGAAUGAUACUUUGGUAACUUUGAUAGUUUUUGUAUUAUAAUGUUUGG